AUGACACUAAUAGGGCCGGGCGCCCCAGGAAUGGCAUUUAUGAUGAAGAAGAAAAAGUACAAGUUCUCGGUGGAACUCCACCUGGAGGAGCUGGUCGAGGUACCGUUCCUGAAUGCGGUGCUGUUUGCGAAGAUCCGUCUGCUGGACGGCGGCUCCUUCCAGGAGCACAGCAAUAGGGAGGAGGUGAAAAACCACACCGUGAAGUGGGGUCAGAAGUUCGAGUUUCCCUGCAAAAUGACGUCGAAUGCGUCGACCGGCGUGCUAGACCCCUGCACCGUACGGAUAUCGGUGCGCAAAGAGAUCAAGGGUGGCAGGAGUUACCAGAAACUAGGCUUUACGGAUCUAAAUCUGGCAGAGUUUGCCGGUUCCGGCCUAACGUCGCGCAAGUGUUUGCUCGAGGGAUAUGACGCACGACACCGGCAGGACAACUCCAUGCUGAACGUGUCGUUACGUAUGCACAUGAUUCAGGGUGAUAUAUUGUUUAAAGUUCCUUCUCCCAGUCCGAAAUCGAAGACUGCCCUACCACAGGACAACCUAGCACUCGGACUACAGCCCACCGAUCCGGCGAUGGCGACGGUCGGUCCCGUCGUUACACCCGUCGUAACGCGCGUUACUACCAAAGAAGAUCCAUCGGCCGCAUCCAUUGCGUCCGGGUUCGAUUCGCUGCAGAAGAAGAAGCCCCCCACGCAGGGUCUUCCGACGACGAUAGAGCACCAACAGUCGAUCGACCUGGACCCGCAGUCGUUUAUCAUUACCGAUUCCGGUAUCUCUGAAUCUUCCGAACCGCCAUCGUCCCUGCUGGACUUCCAGUCGAAUCUUUCCCUCGUAGCAUCGCUACCGAUCAGUGUCGGUGCACCGCAGGCUGGCAAUGUGCCCGGCAGCCAGGUAGUCCCGACCGUUGGUACCGUACCCGGUGCGAUGGAAUUAGGUCAUUCGCGCAACUCGAGCAAUACUAGUCAAAUGUCCAAAGGCUCCGGUUACAGCAGCUUCUCCCACAGUCAACACUCGAGGCAAAGCUCCGAGGGGGAUUCGGGUCACCAGAGGUUCCGUCCGGCGACGGCAACGGUUUACCAUGGCAAACCGGGCACGGUGCUGACGGUGGUGCCGGCCACCAGCUCCACAUCCACCACGACUAGUAGUAGUACCGCACAGUCUUUAGUUAACGGUGGCGCUAGCCGAUUCGUUCCGAUCGCUAAUAAGAACCUUCUCACCAGCGGUAUCAGCAACAGCAGCAGCUGUAGCAGCAACAACACCGCCAGCAAUGGGAGGCCCAAGAUCAACCCAACGAAGCAGCAGAUGAUGACCGCGAACCGGUUGCUCAUGAAGCUGCGCAUACCCCAGAGCCCGAACUCCGACUCGGGCGAUGACGUGUUUGUCACGCCGGACGUGACGGUGCUGUCGGAGGAUGAGGGCGGUGGCAGUGACGAUCGUACGGAGUCGGGCGUGGAGGAGUUCGGUACGCCCACGUCCGAGAUCCCGCUGGCCAAGCUGAUCAAGAUCAAGAGCAUGAACAAUUUGGCCGUUCCGAAGGGUACCUUGUUCUCGGAUGAAGAGAUGGACCAACCGGACGGAUUCCUCCAAGCGGACGUAACGGAUGAGCAUCAUCUUACGCCCGGCAUGAACCUGAGCCGCAUGAAAUCGCUCGGCAACCUUUCGGCGUACGAGCGCGAGUUCGGCCACACGCCGGUAGACUUGCUACAGUCGAAGCGGGACUUCGAAACGAGAAGGUUCAGCUUUGCAAAAAUGCGCUCCCUGACCGAUCUAACGGCCGGUGAUGAAUCGGACGAUGUGCUGGUGCGCCGCAGACGACAGCUUGAGGCGGAAGAAAAGAGCUCCUCGGAUGAGUCUAAACCACCGUCCUCCUGUCAGCUAUCACCACCGGGCAUGGUCAGUGGAAUCGAGCUCGCCAAUCGGUUCCUACCCUUCCAGAUGCGCAGCUCGUUCCACAGUGGGGUGUACCGGAAGCGAUCCGGGAUAGGCUAUACACGGUACAUCGGUAUCGAUGAUGAUCCGGCGACGUCAACCGCAACGAAUGGUGGACCAUCGCUCGGCGGCACCAAUCUAACGAAGAUAAACUCUCUCAGCACGAUUCCGACAGUGCUGCCGGGCGAGCGGGUCAACCAUGUGCCGUUCCUAACUCCCAACAUUGGGCGGAAAAGGUUUGCUUCCGGGUCGGCGUACGGCACAACGAACAACAGUGCCACCAGUAGCCCGGACGAGAACGAUCCCGAUCCGAUCCGGUUGGCCAAACCGAAGAUAAGUUCCUCUCCUACCAGUACAGUAGCGAAGGUCAUUGCCCGGAGCUCCGUCCGUGGGAAUAAUCCAUUCGAGCGUAACUUCCGCAAGAGUGCACCGAUCAGUGGGAUCGUCGUUGGGCAGGCGGAACCCGCGCCAGGCACUCGUGGCAGUGGUCUUCUUAAAACUUCCAGCUCAUCCGGCUCGGUGCAGCAGUUGCAGCAGGUGGGCGGGUUUUUCCGCCAGUCCGACAGCAACUUCUACAACAUCGUGCGUAACUAUCCGAUCGGCAAGUCUUCCUCCGCCAAUCUGGAGUCGCUCAAGCAUCGCUCUUCCUACAACAACUUCCCGCUGAGCCUGAAACCUCAGCAACAACCGCAGCAACAGCAGCCUCAACAACAACCUCAUCAGAAGCAAUCGAAAGGAGGCUUACUGUCGAAGGGAGCCGGUGAUCCGAAGGGCAUUGUACCGUUGGUCGGUGCGAAACCAGUGGCUGUGAAUCACCAACCAACGGCGACUACAGCAACGGGCAACCGCGUCUACCAUAGAUUCCGCUCAGUAGUGCGGGUAGUACUUAAGUUUAUCAUAAAGGGACAAUCGAACCAAUCGACUAACGAUUGUCAUAAGUCCGUCACCAGCUCCACCAGCAUCAGCAAUGUUACCAAUGCCAGUGGUGGUGGUAGUACCAACGUUACUACCGCAGCUACCACUCUUACUUCUUCUUGUACUACUACCACCACUACUACUACUACCGCUACCACUACCACUACUACUUGUUGUUCCAAUUCUACUUCCACCACUACCACCAUCUCUUCUACCAGUGCGACGGUGUUAAAGAACAUUUGUGGUUUGCACCGGCGCUUGCUGGACGGCAGUACCCGUCAACUAACCUCACUAACGCUAGCGACACCGUCGACUUCCGGCGCGGGCACAUCCUCGUCCGGCUCGAGCGCCAUCAGUCCAUCGUCGACCGGUACGUCGGUCGGUACUGGGGCCGCGUGCUGUGCACUGCCAGCGGGCACCACCGGACCUGCUGGCAGCACUGCUGCACCCAGUGCCGACUGCACGGACAACAUGGUGGCCGGCCCGAGCGUGGUUCUACCGCCCGGUGGAAGCGGGUCCACCGAACGUACGAUAGCGGGCGUAUCUAGUGCGGGUGGACCAACCGGUACCGGAGCGGCCCUGUGCGUUGCUUCAUCGUCAUCCACAUCCGGGUUCGAUACGUCGAUGCUCAACAAUGGCACUAACAACUCAUCAUCCCUCAAUCUACCAUCAUCGCUUGCGCUCAGACGUCCCAGUGCUAACAUAAACCCCAGUUCUGGUUCCAUCCCGAUGAGCGAAACCGGAUCACUCGAUCGCAUGAAGUCGGCGGCAGAGCGAAGGAAAAAGGGUUCCGGGCACGAUGGGGACAGCGGACCGACGCUGUCCGGGCGCGUUGAGGACACCCGCGUCAACACCGGUCUGAUCAUUGACGAGCUGUUGAAAAACACCAAACUGGACCACUUAGAAGAUGCCGAAAAUCCCACCGGGCUAGCACUGUACAUCGGUAGCGAUGGUACGACGAUGGUUGGCAGCCACGAGGUCCAUUCACGCAUGCCGGCCGGAGCAUUUAAGCAGGUUGUCAUGGAAACGCCAAGAUAG